CUGAUGUUUCUGUAACUUCUGCAUCUGAUGUUGAUGCUCCUCCUGACAUGGUUGCACCAGAGAUUGGUUUCAUUGCCCCUACAACUGAUACAGAUGCUCUUACGACUGUUGCGGUGGCUCCUGCAUCCGAUGAGGAGUUUGCAAAAGCUACCGAUGUGUCAGAUGAUAUCAAACCAGCUCCUAAGGGUCCAGGUGAUGGUACUAAUGUUGCAGAAACAGUCACCACCAACAUACUCCCACCUACAAUCGCCACACCUCUUCUGACAGGUGACCCUCUGCAAGCUCCAGUUCUUGAUGGUACUCCUCAACCUGAUGUUGAGAUUGACAGUAAACCUCCUUCCAAAGAUGCAAAGAACAGUGAAGUUCCUCUCAUUGAGACCAAUGAGGAAAAAACAGCAACAAACAUGGGAAAUAAAGAUAAAGAUGCUUCUGACCGCAAACCUCCAUCUGAAGUAGGAGAAAACAGUGAAGUUCCUCUCGUUGAGACCAAGGAGGAAAAAACGGCAACAAACAUGGGAAAAAAAGAUAAAGAUGCUCUUGACAGCAAACCUCCAUCUGAAGCAGGAGAAAACAGUGAGGUUCCUCUCAUUGAGACCAAAGAGGAAAAAACAGCCACAAAUUUGGAGAAGGAAGAUAAAAAUGCUCCUGCCAGUAAACCUUCAUCUGAAGUAGGAGAAAACAGUAGAGUUCCUCUUGCUGAGAAAACAGAAACAAACCUAGAGAAGAAAGAUAAAGAUGCAGAAGCCCCAGACAUUAAGAGGAACAACAAGGCUGAGGAAACCGAAAAAAGCAGGGAAGCCAAAGAGAAAAAGAAAGAGAAGGAGAAAAAGAAAGAAAAAGAGUUUGAAAAGAAAGAGUAUGAGAAAAAAGGUAUGCAUCGUUUGUAGUUACAGAUACAGAUACUGCACUCAUCUGGCACAGCAUUUAAUGACUGCAGUCUGAAAAUGCAUUUCUGCUUGACUGCAUGGUACCUAUACAGGUGCUGUGGAUGAGAUGGAGUCUCUGUUAGUGAAGAACAUUUACAGCUUGUACUGUAUUGGUUUAGCAGCCAUUAGAUCCACAGAAAGACACUUUAAACCCUAGUUUUCUCUAGUUUUAGGCUGUUGUGUUUUCUUAGAUAACAAACACUAGCAUCAUUUCAGUGUAUCUGGUUCCACAUUUCUUGAGUGAUUUGUCCCAAUAGUUGCAGCAGUGUUAGCCAACAAAGAGCGUAUAACGUUGCUUUUAUUCCAAAGUUGUUGCAAGGAUUUUGAUCCCCGGAGGGCCAAAAACGCAGUUGUCAAGGAUAGCGUACAUCCGAUUUC